AGAGGAGCAACAACGAGUCGUUCAGUGUAACAACAUUUGGCGUUUACAAAGCUAAACUUGAGUGACUAACAAAGUAAAGUGACUAGCUGAUAUUAGCUGAAAAUUCAAAUUUUUUCAAGUGUACGAGAAAUAUAAACAAAUUAAAACAACAAAAUGCCUUGCCCAUGUGGAAGCGGUUGCAAAUGCGGUUCGGAGCCUAAGACUGGCAAUUGCGGUUGCGGUUCGGCGUGCAAAUGCUGUCCCUGUGGCAGUGCUUGCAAAUGCGGCUCUCAAACACAAAGUGCCGGCUGCGGUUGCGGCUCGAGCUGUAAAUGUGGAAAGUAGAGGAAUGUAUACAUAGAUCCAAUAUCAUACGCUGAAAUAGCCGUACCUUAUUAUGUUUAAGUCAUACUAUAUGUACUAUUAAUUAUAAUUUAUUUUCAUAAUUACAAAUAAAAACUCUACACAUUCAUGUACAGUUUGUGCGUAAUACCCAAAUAA